UUAAUAUCGAUGAUAAUAAUGAAAUGAAAAAUUCAUAUGAUAAUAAUAUUAUAAUUAAUGAUAAUAUAGAAAAAAGUACUAAAUUUCAAUGUGAUAAUAGUGAUAGUACUAUAGUUAAUCAAUCAGAAAAUAUAACAGAAGAAGGAAGAUCUACUUUACGUUCCAGUCGAACUUCUGGUAAUUACAUAAAGCCUACUGGAACACAAAAUUUGAAUGGUAACCAAAGCCCUUCAUUAUGUUUAGAUUCUUCUAAUAUGAAUGUGAAUAAUAAUUAUUCUUCAAUUGGUGUUGUUAAUAAUUCAAGAAAUUUAACAUCACCUUUUAAUCAUCAAAUAGUUAGAACAACGAAAGCUUCUCGUUUAAGAGCAGCUGCUUUAGAUAAAAAGAAAGAAUCACAUGAUGAACAUCAACCGGUAACAAUAUCAAAUAGUUCAUCAUUUCGCUAUUCACCAAAACGUAAACCGGAACGUUCUGCAAGUGCUAGUAGUAAUGAUGGAGCAAAUAAAUUAAAUGAAAUUUUAUCAAAUGAAAUUGGAAAUACAGGAAAUAUUUCUCCUAUAAGACGUAAGACUGGUUCAAUUAGUAAUAGAAAAUCACCAUCAGUAACAUCAUCACCUCGUAAUAGUCCAUCACUUACAAGCUCAUCUAACAAUAGGAUAAUAGGCAAAAAAUCUUUAUCAAGUUCCAAUAGUAAUCAAGUACUUCAUCCAUCAAGUGCAACAGCUUUAAAUGAGCUUGAACAAAUUCGUAUGCCAUCAUGUGAAAGAAUUUCUUCUUUAAGUCCAUCACCAUUUUCAAUUAAAAUAUCUGAAAAUGAUGAUUACAGUUCAAAUAAUAAUGGUAUUGAUUCAAAACGAAGUUCAUCAUGUUCAACGGAAUCUUCAAGACCUAGAAGUUCUACAUUAAAUUCAACAUCAAUGACAAAACCAUUAAUAAAUUUAAUUUCUGAAAAUAUUAGUCCUGUUAAAUUGACGGCAACUGUGCAAUCACCUACAAAGGAUAUUAAUAUGCCUAGUAAAAUGCUCAAGAAAAAGUCAAUAGGCAAUAGAACAGGAAAUGAAGAAUCAAAUGAAAAUGAUGAUGCUGCAACACGAAGAAGACGUCGUCGAGAACUAGGAAUGUCACGUCAAUUAAUACCAACUGAAGAAACAUCAAUGGCUUUACGUGAUGUACUGGGACCUGUAAAAGCAAUACAAAAACAACAAGAAAAAUCUGAUAUUAAUACACCUCUAUCAUCAAUUACACGAAGUAAUAUAAAUUUACAGGAUAUUUCUAAAAAAGAUAUAACAAAUCAAAUAGUAGAUAUAAGUAAAAAACGUGCUAAUACAACUAGUCCACGUUUAAAGAAUUCAAAUAUUCCAACAACAGCAACAGUAAAUACAACUUUAACUAAUAAUACUACCGAAAAUAAAUUACCUAGUCCAAGUAGAUCACUUAAAAUUGAUUUAAAAUCAUCAAAUAAUAUAAAUCGUAAAUCACCAUUUGGUGAUUUAACAUCAUCCUUAGCAAAAGGAAUAAAAACUGAAAAUGAAUAUUUACGAAAAAAUAAACGAUUAUCAGAUGUUUCACGGAAAGUUGAUGCAAUACGACAACGUACAAAAUCUGAAUUAGCUGAAAUACAAAAAAUUACAGCAAAAUGUAGAAGUUUAACCCCAGCAUUAGAUAAUUUACCAACUAAUAGUGUUGAAGUGCCAAUAAGUCCUAUAGAAAAACCAAUUCCUGCCGAAAGAAAACGUUAUUUUACAAUUGAUAUAGGAGCAGCUGCUAGCAGUGAGUAUUUUGAUUCUGUUAAUACAAAAGAUGAAAAGUUAAAUGGAUCAAAGAUAUUAGAACAAAACGAUGUCGAAAUGAAUAAUAAACCAAUUGAACAUAUCGAAGAGGUAAAACCAAUCGAAAUUGUAGAACUUAAAUUAAAUGAAACUAAUGAAGUAGAACCUAGUAAUUUGGUAAAAUCAUUUGUAAAAAAAGAUCGCAUCAGUUUUGAUGACGAUGUACAUCAUUUCUCAGAUGAACCACAUUCUAGUUUUCAAAGAUCACAUUAUCGUGUUCAUAAAGCUUAUAGUCAAGAUCGUGAUUUUAGUCCCGCUAAAGAAUCAUCAUUGCGUCGUAAAAGUUCUGAUGAUCCAUAUUCAUCCACAUCUGCUAGUAAUCAUAUAGUUUCUAUAUUAAAAAAGAAAGAUCAUACUGAAUCUAGUUCAGCAUCUAGUAAUGCAUCACCAGUAACAUUUUCAUCAAAUGUAGUUGAUACGCCAACACGUAGUAGUAGUUCUAAACGUCAAGGAAUUUUAAAGAAACGUAGUAGUUUAGAUGAAUCACGUUAUUAUAGUCGUUCACAUUCACCCGAUGAGCGUAGUAUUUUAGUUAAGACUACACGUCGUAAUAGUUUAGAAGAAGGUCCAAGUCAACAACAAGAACAACAACAAUCUCAUGGUAUUUUAAAACAGCGUAGCUAUGAAAGUAAAAGUGACGGAUGCCCAAGUGCUGAAAUACCGCAUGGUAUAUUAAAGAAGAAAGAUUCAACAUCAACACCAGAAUCAAGCGGUGGUCCAACACGACAUAUAUCGAUCUCACAGGCUGUGAUAUUAGCUGCUGCUGAAUUAUGUAAGGAUAUGUGCAUUGAUAAUACAUCUAAUACGAAUAAUCCAAUGACGAAUAGUGGUGGAGAUAUAAAUAGUAAUGGAAUAAUUAUUAGUGAUUAUGAUAUAAAACCAAUACUUAAAACAGAUUAUAGUCAAGAUCAAGAUUCAAUGACAAUACGUCAACCAAAACCGAUACUUAAGAAAAAAGCAUCUAGUGAGACUGAAGAAAUAAGGCCAAUACUUAAAACUUCUCGAAAAUCUAGUCGUGAAGAAAGUUUAGCCCUAGGUACAUCAUCAGAUAUUGAUGAUGGUGUUAUAGGCAGUGGUUGUGGUUCCGGUUCAAGUAGUGGUGGUGGAAGUGGUAGCGGUAGUGGACAUGGUUUAUGGAGACCAAUAUUAAAAAAUUCAAAUUCACCAUCUAAAAGACGUUCUUUGGGUGCUGAACUUCAAAACAUAAAUACAGAAUCAAUAUUAAUGCAACGCAGUCACUCUUUAGAUAAUCCAGAUGAAGCAAUUGAUAUCUCAAUGAGAUCAUAUCAAGUUAGUUCACCAGAAAUUAUAUCACCAGAAGAGAAACCUUUUAUAUCAGUAGCUGAACGUAUACGUAAUAUGGAAGCUGUUACUGCUGCUGCAGCUGGUGCUACAUCAAAACUAGCUUCAACAUCAAGAAGAGAAACAACUAGAAGCCGUUUUAGAACACAACCUAUUACAAAUGAUGAAAUAAAUGAUUUACAAUAUACUUUACGGAAUUUAGAACCUCGCUCAUUAGAUUCAAUACAACGACCGAUACCGCUUAGUACUACAGAUUAUAAAACAUUUUCGACACGUAGUUUAUCAUCACCACGUGUUCAUGCUGUGGAAGAUUCAUUAUUCUUGCAUAUAGAAUCAACAUCACCAAUUUCAUUAGAAGGAACUAAUAGAGCUAGUGGUGUUGGUGGUGGCAGUGGUAUUUGUACAUCUGGCAUUAGUAAUAUUGAGAGUGGAAUAAGUAGUGGUGGUAUUGGUGGCAGUAAUACUUGUGAUAACAAUUGUACAUCUUUAAGUAGUGAUAGCGGUUUACAAACUGGUAAAGCAUCUGAUUUAUUAUUAGAAUCACCAGAUCAACAGCAAUUAAAAAUAAAUGAAAAAACAUUAAAUUUUGAUAAUAUUGGUAACACAGAAAUUUCUUCAUCUAUUUCGGCAUUAUCAACACAAUCAAUAUUACAAAGUGAUAAUAGUAGUAUGCUACAACAACAACAACAACAUAAUCUCCAACAUAAUAUAGAUAUAACACCAGAUUCUUCAUUAUCAUAUCAUUGUAAUGAUUUAAAAACAAUAAUGAUGGAUCAAGGAGCAAAUACUAAUUUAGAUCAUAGUGAUUCUAAUCAAAAUAUUAGUGUUAAGGCAAAAGCAAGUAUGUUUCAACAAUUAGGUGAACAAAAAUCAUUAAAAACUUUCAAUGAUGAUAAUCGAACAUCACCAAUAAAUAGAAGAGUAUCACAAAAAUUUGGUUCUCAACCUUCAUCUGGACCAGUUUCUUUAAAUACUGAUCUAAAUAAUGAUUAUGGAACUACGAGUAUAUCACUAACGUCAACUACGGCAACAACAACACAAGAUCCAAAUGAUGAAGAUUUUGAUACUCCUAGAAUACCAUUUACAACUGGAUUAAUUCAUUCACCACCACCUUUACAUUCACCGCCUCCAACGACAACAACAACAACAACCAAUCUAAUUGGUGGUAUUGAACCACCUCAACCACAACCACGUAAAAGUAUAUUAAAAUCAAAAUCUGGUUCUGUUGGUUUUAUGCCAUUCGAUUUAAAUGCUGAAUUAAAGAAUCGUCUUCGUAAAUCAAAACAUGCAACUGUAUCAAAUUUAAGAAAAUCAGCAUCAACAGCUGAACCAUUUCUAUUUCAACAUCAUCAACAUUAUCAAUAUAAUAAAUCACAUACACCAUCAUCAUCAAGUGAUGACGAUGAUGAUGAAGAUGGUGUUGAUCCACAAAAAAAUUUAGCAAAAUUAUUACGUAGUGUUUCAAAAGAAAAUAUGUAUAAACAGCAACAACAGUUACAACCACUUCAACAUUCACAUAGUAAUAUUUUACAACAACAUCAUUCACCAAAUAAUCAAUAUCAAAAUCAACAACAAUUUUCAAAAAUUGCAAUAAAAUCUCAAUCACCAACUUCAUCAACCUCAUCAACAACAGCAUUAGUAAAACAACAAAUGAAUAAUCAACAGGAAUCGGUAAAAGGAACAAUAACACCAUCAUCUUCAACUGAAUUAUCAGCAUCACAAUUACAAAAUUCAUCAUCAUCAUAUUCAUUACAACAUUCUGAUACAAUGAGUUUAGUUAAAAAUCUAAGCGGUUUAGAUAGAAGUAAUCCAGAGAAUGAUGCAGCUGUUGUUGCUGCAGCUGCUGCUGCAUCAAAUACAGAUGGUGCAACUGGUUCUGUUACUGCAACAUCAUCAACAUCUGAUGGUGAAAGUAGUGGUGGUAGAGAAAUUUCAUCAAUUAUUAAAAAUAGUGCAGUAGCAAGACGUCGAAAAUUAAAUGAAGGGUAAGCUCAAUAUAGAAACUAUUUGGUAUCAUUGAAACCAUUUUGCCAGUAAGUUAUCAAAUAGAAUUUAGUUAGCUAAAAUGUAAAAAGGACCUUCCUGCUGAACAUUUUUUUAUGAAUUCAAAUAAAAUUUAGGAUUAAUAAAAUUUCUG